AUGGCGGCAUUCGUCUGUGCGGCUUUCGCAGCAUCAUGCUGGGUGCUGCUACCACGUGGGCGACGAAAAUUUUUACAGCUUUUGAAAUAGGCAGAAAUCAGUGAGCAGGAUGAUCAGUUCAACAUAAUCUCGAAAUCGUACGGUAUUCAAAGCGUAUCGCCUGGAGCACAUCGUGUACUGUUGAUUUAUCCGCGAAUACGACGUGGCCGGUUUUUUGAUGUCAAUCCCGCAAAAGCGAAGCAACGCUUAGAGGAAGCUGUUGCACUCGUCAAUACCUUACCAAAAUUCACUGUCAUACAAACAACUGCUGUGAGUACCGACACUUCCACGGCAAAGAAACGCCUUUGGGGCAUAGGACGCAUCGAACGAGUGAUUGCUUUGAAAGAAAAAAUUGGUGCUACUGCCCUGAUGAUCGAUGUUGAUAUAUUAUCGCCAAAACAGCAAGCAGAAUUGUUCGCACUGUUUCGCGUACCCAUCUACGAUCGUUACAAUAUUGUACUGCUCAUUUUUAAAUUAUUCGCCAAGACAAAAGAGGCCAGAUUGCAAAUUCAACUUGCUGAAAUUCCCUACAUAAGGCAGCAGCGAUUACUGAGUAUGUAUGAGCUGCAUGCAAGUCCAACUGCUUUCCAUGUGGAUGCGCCAACGAAGUCCAAAGCUGUUAAACUGGAAGUCCUUCGAUUUCGUGAACAACAUUUGCGAAAAUGCAUAAAAGCAGCUGUGGAUGAGAAAGCGGCUACGAGGUUCGGUGAAGCUCAGAAGAAUAUACGUACUGUGGUUGCUGUCGUUGGGUACACGAAUGCAGGCAAAAGCUCACUUAUCAAGAGGUUACAUUUGGGACUUCAUUUUCAGAGGUACUGA